AUGACCAAUAUUAUAUCAUCCUUAACCGGAAGCUAUUCAUUUGAAAGUACCAAUAACCAACUAUCGAUAGCAUCAAAUACAACAAACAUCACCACAUCUUCUUUAAUCGGUCCAUUUAAAAAUGAUCUUGAAGUUGAUAAGUUUAAUGUGCUUCUAGAAAGGGUAGGAACUUGGAACGCUUCAAAUGCAUUUAAAAUGCCUUUUUUUCGUACAAGAGUCAUAAAUAAGCAAAUCAUUGAUGCACUAAUAAGGUCUUUAUUUUCAAAUAUUCAAAAUACUAGAGCAUCCGAUCGUGCUGCAUUACAGACGUGGGUUUUUGGAUGCUACCGUGAUUAUAAUGCAUCAAUGAGACGUGAACUUCGAAAGCUGGUCCCUGAAUUCAUUAGGAAAUACAGAUUGACUAAGAGUAAACAACCGACAAUGCAACAGAUUACUGGGUAUAUUACAGAAAGCAAUUGGAUAGCUUUCUUAAAACGUCAUAUGGAUGUGACUGACAAUACAUUAGAAAUGAAAAGAGUACGAACCAAGAAAAUGACACAAAGAAUUGCAUUACGAAAACAUAUUACAAUUAACAUUUCUAGUGUUAUACAAAGAGAAGAAUAUGAUAAUAGUGAAAGUUUAGAAGAUUUGUCAGAUAAAAGUCAACAUACUAAUUAUGAAACAUCAUUAGAUUUUUAUGAUUUUGUAUCUAAUUUCUCUACAGCUUCAGAUACAUCGAGUAACGAUGACCAAUUAAUGAUUAUAGAGGAAAUCGAAAGGAUAAUAGAACCCACGCAAACUAUA